AUGGACGUGGGUCUGCCAGUUGUCGAUAUAACCCUUGAGAGAGGGGGAGCAGGUUUGGGCUUUAAUAUCAAAGGGGGUAUAGAUGCCCCACACGUACCAGGGGAGACUGGAAUCUUUGUCACCAAAGUUCGAGAAGAUGGAGCUGCAUUUAAGGAUGGACGUCUGAAGGAAGGAGACCGUAUCCUUGAGAUAAACAAAAAGAACAUUGAACAUGUGACACAUAAUGAAGCUGUGCAACUGUUUGUAAACUCGGGCAAUCGUGUGCAAAUGAAAGUGCAGCAUGGGGCAGAAAGAAUUCUCAGAGAGCGACUUGCACGAAACCCAGGAAUGUCCAAGAGUGGUGGGGAUGAUGAUAAAUCUGUAUACUGGAAAGCUGGUUUGGUUGGUCUAUCGGUAUCAUUAGCUUUAUUCUUGGUGUAUAGGUUCUACAGAAAGGGAUCUGUAUUUCCAAGAUAACAAGGACAAAGUAUCAGUCGUAAUCAGAUGUUCAAAACCUUGUAAUUAGAGAGGUCUCACAGGCUAUGUAGGUAAAUGAGAGUAAUAUUACAAAAUGAAUCCCCAAGUUGUCUCCAGGUUCUUGAACACUUGUCAGAUUAUAGACGAAACUUAACAUGUUAUUAGAUGUAACAAUACUUUUAAUGAGGUAGCUGUUGGAUGUUGUAAUACGUGUAUGAAGUAAAAAAAAGUUCCGCAGUAGUUACAAAUAAUACAUUUUUAAUUUCAUAAUAUAUUUGCAGUAAGUUUGUUAUAAUCAGUAAGGUUUAGUAUUUGUUUCACUUUUGAAUUAUUUUGAGCAUUCGGUUUAACUGGCUGCCAUUGAUAUAGUUGAAGACAUUAAAUACAUCUGCAGAAUGGUACCUUGUAGAAGAAGGGACAUAACUCUGAUUCAGAUUAGAACUGUGGUAGGUUUAAUCUUCAUGCUGUUCUAGCAGUUGUUGCUUACUGGUAAUUGUUAAAUCUUCUUAGGUAUUUUGUUUUGCAAGAAGGGAGUUUCAGCCCUGAAAGGCCUACCAUUCAACAUAAUGUUAGACAAGUCAUAUCUUGGAACAGAAGGUGUAUACACCAUGGCACCAUGCUGUUGUUGUAUUUCAAUAUUCAGUUAUAAGGGAUUGAAUGUAAUAAGCAACUAUUUGAUUACAUCUUCUGCAGGCAGGUACAGUAAGAUCUGGAAUAGGCAGUUUUUGAAUGGCGUCUUUAUGACAGCAGAAUGAUAUCCCAGUGCAAAAACAGCUUUACCUCACUGUUGGUGUGCUCUUCUGUCUUCUAGAAUACCAUGAAAUGUGCCAAAAUUCCACUCAAUAUUAAGUGGCACAUUUUACCAAUGUUUGAAACCUAAAAUCCAUCCAGCCUCCCAAGAGCUGUUGAUUUCAUUUAGAGGAUGUCACUGUGAUGUUGUAAUGCCAUAUCUCAAGGUCCACAUGGUCCAGCAAUAUUAGCUAUGCUGCAAACACAAGAUCAAAAUUUCAUUUUGUUCCAGUACAUUUUCGCGUUGAGCCAGAACCACACACCUUUCCAGGUGAAUCGCUAUUGUAUGGUCAUAUGAAAUCUUCUGUUAGGGGUCGUGUUACAUGAAAAAAGGAGAAAAACUGCGUGGAAAUCUCCUGUGAAUGGCUUACCAAGACAUGAUGGCUGAUUCCACAAGGACAUUUUUCACUUAAAGUCAGAAUUAAAAAUGUGAUUAAAAAUUAAUUGUAUGAAAGCCUAAUAAAUGCUACAUUAAGACAGUAUGAAAAUUGGAAGGUAUUGAACUGAUCAUAUGAUGCUAAUAUGCAAAAUCAGUGUUGUAGUCUGGUGAUAUACUUGUAGAAAAUAUCACAACAUUUGUG